CCGGUUUCUGCCUUUGUGGACUGGCAUCUGGUAGCUCUACUCACUUGCACCUUUACCAUGACGGCGGCUUAGGUACACUUUGCUGUGCCAUAUUCCUGCCCGGUACACUUCUCCUCCAUCAGGGCCUCGCGUCAUGUCAUGACACUUGCUCGUCAACCUGAAAAUGGGGCAACAGAGUAAAGAAAUGCAGCUGCCGACUCCGGCGCCGGGCCACGAAGACAGGCCCAGCCUUCCAGCUCGCCUCGCCUCGGCUGCCACAAUCACUUUCAUCACCUCGCUGUGCAGGACAUUCCUCUAUGGGCUCAACACGGUCGAGGUAACGGGCCUUGACAGGUUCCUCGACAUACUAGACCAGCGUCAAGACGCCAACAGUCGCCAACGAGGUCUGAUCACUGUCUCAAAUCAUGUCAGCAUCCUGGAUGACCCCAUCAUGUGGGGAGUUUUGCCUCUCAAGUAUGCCAUGAAUCCGGCAAACCAUCGAUGGGGGCUUGGAGCUCAUGACAUCUGCUUCAAGAACAAGCCUCUGGAGUGGUUCUUCGCGGCCGGCCAAGUGCUGCCCACGCACAGGGUAUAUCACUCUCCAACUGGCGGCCUGUUCCAGCCAACAAUGGCACAGGCUAUCCGCCUCCUAUCCUCACAACCAUUUAAGACUCAACCACCAUUGGCUUCGCCAGCAGAAGCAGCCCACAUCCCAGACCCAUUCACAGACGGCGGGCUGACCUUUACUUCCACGGGCCACGACCGCUUCGACGCGCCCUCACGCUAUGCGUGUAACCGGCACAGCUGGGUCCAUAUCUUCCCGGAGGCCAUGAUUCACCAACAACCGCAGAUGACGAUGCGAUACUUCAAAUGGGGUGUCUCGCGCCUGAUUCUCGAAAGCGAGCCCAUGCCCGACAUGCUGCCCAUCUUCAUUGACGGCACACAGCGCGUUAUGCCCGAGGAUCGCACAUUUCCCCGGUUUCUGCCUAGAGCGGGCGUGACAUUUCGGAUGGCAUUCGGCGAUCUCAUAGACAUGGAGAACCGCUUUGGCGACCUCAGGGCCAGGUGGCAGGACCUGGUACGCAGACAAUUACACGCCACGGAGAAAGGCAACAGGACACUGGUCAUGGGCGAGCUCACAGAUGAGCUGAAGUACGGCGCCGAGGCAGUGGCGCUACGAGUGGAAGUUGCUCGCCGUGUGCGCGAGGAGGUCGCAAAGGUGCGCGGACUGAUGGGGUUCCCGGACGAGAGGCCCGGAUUGGAGCUUGCCGAGACCUGGGCUCGCGACCCAACCAAGGACAAUCUCAAGAGUGACAUAGACGAUAGCUUGGAAGGAAAGAGGAGAUAGCGUAUCAUUGAGACAUCGCGACGUAAAGGCAUCUUUAUACAUCUCCCCCGGAUGAAACUAGACAUGCCAAAAGUCAAAUGUGUCUUCUCAAGGUUAUCGUAAUGCCAUUCGGAAUUUUUUGGCACGUUUCCCAACGUUUCGCUCCAAGUGGAACCUCGACUUAUACCGCAGAUCGCGUGCGAGGGUCCAGCAUACUCGGAGUCGUUCUUCCGAAAGCCCAUGGCCAAUCUAGGCGGG